AUGGUAGAUGACAGUCUGCCACCGCAGCGGGAGCGUGUUAAACAUCAUUUAACCCUGGCUGCACCUCUGAAGGAUCUUCCUGUCAAUGAUGAGCGUGUCAUUGUCCCUCCCUGGAAGGCAAACAGCAAGCAGCCUGCCUUCACCAUCCAUGUGGAUGAGCCGGAAGAGACUCAGAAGAGCCCAGGCGAAUCUAAAGAAACAGAAUGCGAAGAUGUGCUGGCCUUUAAUUCAGCUAUUGCUUUACCUGAACCCAGAAAACCACUGGUACCUCUUGAUUAUCCAAUGGAAGAUAGUUUGGAGUCACCACACGCUAUGGACAUGUCAAUUGUGUUGGAAGAGGAAAAGCCAGUGAGUGUUACUGAAGUCCCAGACUACCACGAGGACAUUCACACAUACCUCAGGGAGAUGGAGAUUAAAUGUAAGCCCAAAGCGGGCUACAUGAAGAAGCAGCCGGACAUCAACAACAGCAUGAGGGCUAUCCUCGUGGACUGGCUAGUGGAAGUAGGAGAAGAGUAUAAACUACAGAAUGAGACCCUGCACUUGGCUGUGAACUACAUCGACAGGUUCCUUUCCUCCAUGUCUGUGCUGAGAGGAAAACUUCAGCUGGUGGGCACUGCUGCUAUGCUGUUAGCCUCAAAGUUUGAAGAAAUAUACCCCCCAGAGGUAGCAGAGUUUGUGUACAUUACAGAUGAUACCUACACCAAGAAACAAGUUCUGCGAAUGGAGCACCUCGUUCUGAAAGUCCUUUCUUUUGACUUAGCGGCACCAACUGUCAAUCAGUUCCUCACCCAGUACUUUCUGCACCAGCAGCCUUCCAACUGCAAGGUUGAAAGUUUAGCGAUGUUUCUGGGAGAGUUAAGUUUGAUAGAUGCUGACCCCUACCUUAAGUAUUUGCCAUCAGUGAUUGCCGGAGCGGCCUUUCAUCUAGCACUCUACACAGUCACAGGACAAAGCUGGCCUGAAUCCUUGGCACAGAAGACGGGCUACACCCUGGAGAGUCUGAAGCCCUGUCUCCUGGACCUGCACCAGACCUACCUCAGAGCGCCGCAGCACGCGCAGCAGUCCAUCCGAGAAAAGUACAAGCAUUCCAAGUAUCAUGGUGUUUCUCUCCUCAUUCCACCAGAGACACUACAUGUGUAACAGUGAAAGACUGACUUUGUUUUCUAAGAGUUAAAUCAACGUAUAUGUGUACAGUUUUUAAAGUUUUAAUUUUACAAUCAUUUCUGAAUACAGAAGUUAUGGUCAAGUACAAAUUAUGGUCUCUAUUCCUUUUUAAUGGUUUUAAUUUGUAUAUCUUUUGUACAUGUACUAGCGUAUCUUAGAUAUGUGGCUGAUUAUGAGUGGUUUUGUUAAAGUAUUAAUGAUGCCAGCUGUCAGGAUAAUAAGAAUAAGAAUUAAUAAACUGAUCUGGAAAACUUA